GUUGCUCGGUCUGUCAAACAAACCUCGCUUCACUCCAGGACGCUGUGAUUGCCCAAACGUUUUUGGUUGCUCAAACGUUUUGGAUGUGAAUAAAGAGGUUUCUGCGGCGGAGUGUUUGAAGCGCGAGGCUCAAAGGCACCUCUGAGAUAUACUUCCCAAAAAACGCUUAUGGAGAAGCAAGAAGAGACGUUCUGGUUUUGACGAGCGGUCCCUAACUGAUGGUGUCCCGUCUCUGGGAUCUGGGCUCUCGUGAUGGAGCGGGUGACGGGUCUCCGCUGGUAUGCCGCCCUGCGCUCGUGUUUUCCCAUACUCACCUGGCUGCCCAGGUAUAACCUGACCUGGCUGAAGAUGGACCUGAUCGCGGGUCUGACGGUGGGUUUGACCGCGGUUCCUCAGGCUCUGGCCUAUGCGGAGGUGGCCGGUUUACCUGUGCAGUACGGCCUGUAUUCUGCGUUCAUGGGCGGAUUCAUCUACUGUGUUUUCGGGACAUCUAAAGACAUCACGCUGGGGCCGACCGCCAUCAUGUCUCUGCUGUGUUCGGGUUAUAUCGGCGGGGAUCCCGUGUUUGCGGUGGCGCUCACGCUGCUGUGCGGCGUCGUCCAGGCCGGAAUGGCUCUGCUGAGACUGGGCUUCCUCUUGGACUUCAUCUCGUAUCCAGUGAUCAAAGGCUUCACCUGUGCUGCUGCUGUCACCAUCGGCUUUGGUCAGGUCAAGAAUAUUCUGGGUCUGAAGGAGAUCCCGCAGCAGUUCUUCUUACAGGUUUACUAUACCUUCCACAAGAUCCCCGAGGCCAGAGCUGGAGAUGUGAUUCUGGGUCUGUGCUGUCUGUUCUUCCUGCUCAUGUUGACGCUGAUGAAGAGUUCUCUGGGUUCGUCUGAAGAAGAGGCUCCUCUCCUCGUCCGCUCUGCCCGCGGGCUGCUGUGGAGUUUAGCUACUAUCCGGAACGCUCUGGUCGUCAUAGCAGCGACGGCUGUUGCGUAUUCCGCUGAGGUCACCGGACACCAUUUCUUCAGUCUCACCGGGAAAACGGCCAAAGGACUGCCUCCAUUCGAAGCCCCGCCCCUCUCAGAGGCUUUAGCCAAUGGCACGGUGAUUACUUUCAGCGACAUUGCAAAGGAUUUAGGCGGCGGUCUGGCGGUCAUUCCUUUAAUGGGCGUCUUAGAGAGCAUCGCUAUAGCGAAGGCAUUCGCCAGCAAGAAUAACUACCGAAUCGACGCUAACCAAGAGCUCUUCGCCAUCGGUUUCACGAACAUCCUGGGCUCGUUCGUGUCGGCGUAUCCCGUCACGGGCAGCUUCGGAAGAACGGCCGUGAACUCUCAAACCGGAGUGUGUUCACCCGCCGGAGGGAUCGUCACAGGCGUGAUAGUGCUGCUGUCGCUGGCCUUCCUCAUGCCGCUCUUCUUCUACAUCCCCAAAGCGUCGCUCGCUGCCGUCAUCAUCUGCGCCGUGGGUCCCAUGGUAGACUUCAGGGUGCCGGUCCAGCUCUGGAGAGUCAAGAGGCUCGACCUGCUGCCGUUUUUGGUGACGUUCGGGGUCAGUUUCUGGGAGGUGCAGUACGGCAUCGUGGGAGGUGUGCUUGUUUCUGGAUUCAUGCUGUUGUAUGUCGUGGCCAGACCCAAAGUCAAAGUGUCUGAUCAUGGUGUGCUGCUUCUGGAGCCGGACAGUGGCCUGAACUUCCCCGCAACGGAGCAUCUCAGCAGACUUGUGUACAAACACGCUCUUCAUGCGUCUCCUCCGCGGGGUCUGGUUCUGGACUGUUCUCACGUCUGCUCUGUAGACUACACCGUGGUCCACGAGCUCACCGAACUGCUCAAACAGGUCGAGCACCGAGGAGCGUCCAUGAUCUUCGCUGGACUCAAGCCGUCUGUCCUGAAGGUGCUGUUAACGGCUGAUCUUCCUGGUUUCCGACACACAGACGGAGUGGAUGAGGCUCUGCAACUUCUGACCAGCAUCAAUCACUACGAACAACAAUACUGACAGCCAAUCACAGGCAAGGACCGAUCACAUCAGCUCCCGAAUACCUCAAACCCUCUGAUGAUUGGUCGCCCGAAAUAUUCGGCGCACACCUUUGACCAAUCAGCUCUCAGGAAGACGGACUUUGACGAAAACCGAUGGGGAACAAAGUUACAUAAAGUUUGCGUACAUGACGACCAAAUGAUGCUUUUGCACUUAAAACUAUUUUUAGGUAGUUUGUUUGGUAUUUUUUUCCUUUUGUAAUUUUAUGAACAUGCACUUAUUAACACUAAAGACUCAAGUAAGCAUUUUUAGAAAGCACUAUAAAUCAGACUGGUCUCUCAAAACAUAAGAUCUAUUUCUUUAAUCAAGAUAACUCUCUUCUUCUCUGUAGUGUAUUGCAGUACUUUUACACGUCCGCUAUGUUUACAUUUGCCAUUUGUUGAUGAAACUGAAUCUACAUGAGGACUCUUUUGGACUGACAAAAAUUAAACCACAUAAAUAAUGUCUCUUUUGAUAUUAAACUGAUAUGAUCUACAA